AAUUAACUUUACCAAAGCUUUAAUACUUGAAGAUUCCAGUGGCUUCUUGUGGAAUAGGGUGGAGUCAUGAGUGCAUGGAAAGGGGAGGUGAAAAGGGAAGCCUUUUUCUGUCAGAAAAGUUGAACCUCCACACCCAUUCCACCUAAACAUCGCCUGGACAUAUCUCUGCAUCUCCACCUAGGACAGUCAAAAUGGCUAUGGUAUCAGAGUUUCUGGGACAGCUGUCUCUCAACAUCGGGGCCAAUGAACCCACAUACCCCACCGUGGUACCUGCUAUGGACUUUGACCCUGACAGAGAUGCUGCCAGAAUAGAGACUGCUAUCAAAACCAAAGGAGUAGAUGAACAGACCAUCAUUGACGUCCUAACAAAGCGGACCUACUCACAAAGGAGAGAAAUCGCUUUUGCAUAUGAAAAGAGGGCAAAGAAGGACAUGAUCUCAGCCCUGAAGGGAGCACUGUCUGGCUCUCUGGAAACAGUGAUCCUUGGAUUGAUGAAGAGCACACCGCAGUUCGAUGCCUCAGAGAUCAGAGGAUCUAUCAAGGGAGCAGGAACAGAUGAAGAAACGCUAAUUGAGGUUCUGUGCUCACGCAGCAAUGAUGAGCUGGUGGAGAUCAAGAAGGUCUACAAGGAGUUGUUCAAGAAGGAACUGGAGAAAGAUGUGGCAGGUGACACCUCUGGGAACUUUGCUAAGCUGCUCUUGGCUCUGGUGCAGACCAAGAGAGCAGAACCAACCGCUAUUAUAGACUAUGAAAAGAUCGAUGCAGAUGCCAGAGCACUCUUUGAGGCUGGGGUAAUGAUAAAAGGAACUGAUGUACCGACCUGGAUCUCCAUUAUGUCUGAGAGAAGCGUACCCCACCUACAGAAAGUGUUUCAGAGGUACAAGAGUUACAGCCCCUACGACAUGCAGGAGAGCAUUGUGAAGGAAGUUAAAGGAGACUUGCAAAAGUCCUUCCUGGUGCUAGUUAAGUGCUUUGAAAACAAACAGCUGUUCUUUGCCAACAAACUGAAUGAAGCCAUGAAGGGUAAAGGAGCCAAAGAGAAGAUAGUGACCAGAAUUAUUGUGUCACGCUGCGAGGUGGACCUGAAGAAGAUCUGUUCUCAAUACAAGACCAACUUUGGACAGUCUCUGCAAAAGACUAUUAUGGAACACACCAAGGGAGACUACCAGAAGGCGCUGCUCAGCCUGUGUGGACCAGAGGAGUAAAAAUGAAUCGUCAGUAUUAAAAGGUCCUCACUUUCCACCACUGAAAAGGUGGGCUUAUGAAUAUUACACUUGGAACAAGCUCUGCGCCAAAAGCCUACCCUACUUUUUCUGCAGACAUUUGAAUGCAACAUUCAACAAGAUGCAUUUAUCUUUUUGACACAUGAAGAAUCUGUACAACAGCUUACUUUUGUCAUACAAAAAUGGCAAUAAAGUUGCUUUGUCGGAG